UGUGAAAUCAUUACCUCGCCCGUUCUACAUUUUCUCCCUGGUUAGAGUUGGGGAGCGCGGUCGAGCAGCGAAGAAAAGAGGAACUGCAAAAUCGACCGUGAGCCGAUCCGCUUCGGCCGAAUUCGGAACGAGGAAUCGACCGACCGACCGAUCGAUCAAUCAAUCAAAAUCCCUGAUGCAGCAGCGGAAGAAGAACUUCAGGAAGCGGUCUUUCCAAGAGGACGAGGGCGAAGCAGGAGCAGGGAACGGGGCGGACAGCAGCCGCUCCGAUGACGAAGAAGAGCGGAGGUUGGCGUUGGAGGAGGUGAAGUUCCUGCAGAAGCAGCGGGAGAGGAGAUCCGGGAUCCCCGCCCUCCUGACGGCGCAGAAGGGCGGCGGCGGCGGCGGCGGCGGCGGCGGCGUCGGGGCUCGCGCGGGCUCGGCCGCGAAGCCGGUCGAGAAGAGCGAGGGCGGCGAGGGCGAGAAGGAGGACCUGGUCCUUCAGGACACCUUUGCGCAGGAGACCGCGGUCAUGGUCGAAGAUCCCAACAUGGUGAAAUAUGUUGAGCAAGAAUUGGCGAAGAAAAGGGGAAGGAAUAUUAAUAAAAGUGAUCAAGUUGAGAAUGAUAUAAAGAGUGCGGAAGAUGAACUGUACAAGAUUCCAGAGCAUCUUAAAGUGAAGAAGCGAACUUCAGAUGAAGGGUCUACCCAGUGGACAACUGGAAUUGCUGAGGUUCAGCUUCCAAUUGAAUACAAGUUGAAAAACAUUGAGGAGACAGAGGCUGCUAAAAAGCUUCUGCAGGAGAAGAGGCUCAUGGGAAGGGCAAAAUCUGACUUUAACAUCCCCGCAAGUUACAGUGCAGAUUAUUUCCAUCGUGGCAGAGAUUAUGCUGAAAAACUUAGAAGAGAUCAUCCUGAGCUGUACAAGGACCGUAGUUCACAGGAUGAUGGUGCUGGAUCAAAACCAGCUGAUGAUAAUGCUGAUGCACCUGGACAACGGCAAGCUGCAACAGAUGAAUUUAUGCUAGAGCGUUUUCGAAGACGGGAGCGCCACCGGGGUAUGAGAAGAUAAUGAUGAUUGGUUUUUUGCUUCACUGAGCUGCACUUCUAUGGACAGUUAUACAUCUAAAACUAGAGCCAAGAACAGAAGCUUUGGGCAAAGCCGAUUUUCUUUGAUGAGUUCCUUUUGAGUUACUCAAUGGAGGGCCCGCCUCUGGUUCAUUGUUAACUGGACAUGGAUAUCCCUGUUGUGGAAUUCCGAGCUUUUUAGUCCUGAUUGGAAAGCUCUCUCUCUAUUGUAUCAUUUUUUUCUGAAGGAUUCACGUAAGAACCGCAUGAUCAAAUCUAGAAUGCUUCUCUUUUCUUCCUAGGGAAAGAUCUAGUUGAUGGCCCAGGAAGUCAUUCAGGCAAUUCCUUAAUGUUUCUGACUUUUUGGCUUUUGCAGAUGUAUAUUAAGAGAAGUGUAGCAAGUAGAUAUUUUAUUCUUAACGUCAUUCUUUUGCUUUCUUGAA